CUCUAAACCAAGCGCACACCUGUUGCUUAAAAUGCAGAUGCCCGUGUUUGUCCGCCUUAUACUCUAUAUUUUUCUUCCUUUUGCUCAAGGCCAGCCUACUUAACAUGGAAGCAUUCGUCAAUAACAUCGAGUCAAAGAUAUAUCCUCUUAGCAGAAUAGACACGAUGCUUUCUGUUCGCUAUACGCGCUUCGUAUUCUUCUACAGGAAUAGCAGCAGUUCCAACAGCUUUAUGUCAGCCGCCAACCUUGAAGAAGCAUUCUACAGAACUGCAUUGCUUUUCCCCAUGAUAGCCGGCUAUCUUCAGCAAAAUAAAGUGGGGAAUUUGGAGGUUGUAGUGGACAAAACCAGCCUCAAUCUGCCUAGAUAUUGCGAACUGCAGUCUGACACGCAUUAUGAUGAUCUUGCGAUGUCCAACUAUAGCCCACGUGCAUGGCCAAGCGACAUUACUCCUGCCGAUAGAGUCCCUUUACCAGACAAGGACACAGGCGUAAUUAAGAUUGCUGAUAUCCGCGUCGCCCGUCUGAAGGAAAACAGCGGCGUAGUUAUUUCGACCAGUUUCAACCAUGCAGUUAUAGACGGCACCGGCUGUCUGGAAUUUUUCAACCGCUGGGCAAACGAGACACGAGCGCUAGCCAGCGGCAGUGAUAUCGGCAAGGCCAACUAUUGCUUUGACCGGGAAGCUAUCAAGAAAAACCUGUCUGAUGAGCACAUGGCUCUUGAUGGCUCAACGCUAGCUGCUUAUGCCGACAGGUCGUUUUUAGGUGACUCUCUAGCAUCGCUUUCACCACGCACUCGGGCAAAAUUGUGGAACGAUAUAGAGCGCCAGACCCCAAUACGUGGCCAUCUUUUCCGCAUCAAGCGUGGCAAACUCGACAGCCUUCGUGCACAGGUGCUUGAAUGCAUGCCACCCGGAGCACGCAUAUCUAGCAAUGACAUUCUAACCGCACUUGCCUAUGCGGUCCAUGGGCUGGCGGAAGCGGAUGUAUCGAAGAGUAAAAAGGGGUGGGCUGGGAGGCAUUGCGAGAGCAAUUGGAAGAAAAGGAGAGAACACUACCUGUGUGUUCCUGUCGACAUGCGCUAUCGCCUAGGCCUGAUGGACACAGGCUAUAUCGGUAAUCCACUGCUCAGCGCGAGCACUAUAAACUCGCUGGAAUAUGCAGAUUCGCCAAUGACUAUUCAGAAGCUUGCUGAUACCGCCAGCCAAGUGCGUGCAGCAUCCAUUCUGAUGAUGACGCCGCCAUACAUCAGUGCAUUCUUCGACAUGAUGGAGUCUGCGUCCUCAGAUACAUCGUCGUUCAUUUCUGUAUACUCCAACUUUAGGCUGUCAACGAUGGUGUCCAAUCUGUCGCUCUCCAAGCUAUAUGCCGCCGACUUUGGCAGCGGUGUACAGGCAUUUUCAACGAUUCCUACGGACUACGGGUUAGGAAUUGUUGGAAUUUUGCCUUCCCCUCCACCGUGCAAGGAUUUUCUCGUCAACUUUUCGGCAUCUGCACUCCAAAUGGACAGCAUCCUCAGAAACGACUUUUGGAUGGACAUUGCCUCCUUGGUAUAUUAAACUACAUUUGGCCUCUUUUCAUGUAUAGCUCGCGUGGGCUUCAUCCAUCUUCACCGACUUGAUUACUCGCUUCUAAUAAAGCAUAUGCAGGAAA